AUGCUCGGCUUCGUCUUCUUGACUGGUCUCUUGGCUUCUGCUUUGGCGACGCCCGUCAUAUGGGACGGGCGCGCCCCGUUCAACCUCACUAAUGCCGACCUCGAUACCUCCACCGGUCCUUUCCUUACGAUAGUAAAGGGGCCUGAAAACGCGACGCACUACGACCACCUCUUCGGGCACUCGAAGCUGCCCACGCCCCUAUGGAACGAGGGCCUGCUCCCGCGCGAGCAAGUUAUCUCCGUGUCGAUCGACAACAGCUCGAUCUUCAUCCCGGGCUCCGGGGGACCGCAGUUCGGGUUCCGGCGCACAGACAUCAUCGCGGCGGUCGACGGCGAGCACACCGAGCUGAACGCGCGCAUGGAGACGAACACGACGAUCUUCCACGUCUCCAUCCAGAAGGACCUGCAGCGCCAGCUCAACUACUCGCACGAGUACCAGAUCGUGUUCAUCGAGCCGAGCGACGGCUCGCAGGUGUUCAAGAUUCAGCUCGGCACGCCCUUUACGAACCCGACGGGCCCGCUCCCAGGUCCGAAUGCGCACGAGUUCAAAGUCCGGGACCACGCCCUGAACGUCCUCUUCACGACGCCCUUCACCGACCACGCAUGGCACAAUUUCGCCGUCGCGGUCGACUGGAACAACCGGACGCUCGCCGUGUGGUACUCACAGGACGCUGAGCUCCUGCACCAGGUCGUGGACACGACCCCCAACCCGUCCGUCGCACUUGGCCCGGACGGCAAGGGCGACUAUCACUUCACGGUGCUGAAGCUUCCGAUCGUCAACCCGGCGGACCCGCCCGCAGACCAGGACGACGUCCCGCACUUUGGCAUUCAGGAGGGCGAUCUCGAGGGGCUGCUCUACUCCGGAGUCUUCGUCGAGAGUGCGUCGGGGGGAAUCAGCAGGGGUCUGGGUGUAGUCGAGCACCUGUGAACUGCUAGGUAGAAGUCGCCGUGCUAUGUCAGAUUCUCGUGGAAAGCAG